GCAUUCUACCGCCGCUUGGCCGAUGCAGCCGGAGUAUGUGGAGCGGAACCCGCGAUCCGCCGUGAAGUUCAUUCACACGUAUGCUCUGAGCUGUUGAACGCGGUCUGUGAAAAUGAUGCGCGUCGAGCCAAAGCCUUAUUGGCGGUUCUUCCUGAGGCUGCUCGUUGCCGUCCCUUGCAACCGGGUGGUCAGCUGCCGCUGGAAUACGCGGCCCAUCAUGGCAGAGUAGCCUUGACGAAGCUUCUCCUGCAGGCAAGAGCAGAUCCGAACUCCUGCGGUGAGGCAGGGGUGCCGCCACUGGCCCGAGCUGCGUCACAAGGCAACCUAAAGACCAUUCGUUUGCUUUUGGAUGCCGGAGCUUCACGUGGAGUAACACGCUUGCCGGAAGUUCAGCGGCGUGAAGUUCAAAGAGUGACUUCUCUCCCCACGCUCAAAGCUGAGCGGUUGAUGCUUGGUGGCGCAGGCUCCCUUUCACUCUGAAGCUUGUACAGCAGAAUUCAAACGUCUUCAGGAAUCAUUCUCCAGACUCUAGGUUACACAGCUGUUUCACUUGUCAA